AUGGCCUUUAUCAACAUCUCGACAGUAUACCGCUCUCGAUGGAAUUUCAAUGCUGUGGAUGUUAGCGAGCCCGCACUCGCCCGCUCCAGCGAAUCAAACAGAUGGCAAAGCAGUCCAAAGAGCGAACAUCGGGUUUCCAAGCGGAGACCACCCGCAAACAUGGCCCAAGCAGGGUCAGAGAACGUGGAAAGUCCUGGCUCGCUUGAUGAUGAUACCCUCAGUGCACUGCUAAAGGAGCGCUCCGCACUGCGCUCACAGAUCGCACAAUUAGAAGUCGCUCUCGCUCUGUCGAAGCCUUCAGCGUCACAUGAAGCAAGAACGGUUGAAGACUCCUCUCAGCCUGAGUUUGAGGAGCUUGUCCCAGCUUUGGAGCAAUUUGAUCUCGACCCGAAAUUCGAUUCAAACGCAAAUCCUGUAUUGCAGCAACUGUGGACCCCGGGUAAUGACCCAUUAUAUAUGCUUCUGCCAACAAGAUCUGCAAGCCGCACGUUGGUAGAGUUUGCACUAACGACAUUCGGAUGGCUCCAUUGCGCUGUUAGAGCAGAUUGCUUUCUAGAGCAACAUGAGAACUUUUGGAACCACCUUGAAGCUGGCCAUACUGUUGAGGAGGAACAGAGGCCUUGGUUAUCGCUUUGGCUCUCGCUUCUCUCAGUUGGUCUGAUGUAUAUCAGUGCCGAUGACAUACCUGAUCAGACGGAUCUGCCAAGAGAUAUCAUUUCGGAACCGGCUGAUAAGAUAGCUUAUGCUGUCGACGUUUCUCGUAUGUGGUACGAAUCAGCGUUGCAAGAGCUGCAUCGAUCUAGUUUUCUGAGGAAACCCACAAUUGAGUCCAUCCAAACAAUCCUUGUGUUGACUUUAUGCAACAGUAAUAACGGUGAACACCAGCAGGAGUGGGUAUUGCUUGGUGCAUGCAUUAAUAUGGCUCGCUCCCUAGAUAUGCAUAGACUGGGAAGUGAGCAGUCGUUUUCUAACGACCUCUCUACGAGGCCAGUGUGGGCUACACCAGCGAACAGGGAGCUUGGCAGACGCAUGUGGUGGAACCUGGUCAUAUGCGACUGGCUAGGUCCGUGGUCUCGACCACCUUCCAUUUCACCAGCCUCGUUUUGCUGUUCGAUUUCUGGAAACGGUAGAUUUGACCACGAAGUACUGCCAUCCUCUUCAAGUGGCGGUACAUCUUCCAGUCCUUCGCCGGUACAGUAUCUGACCGUCAUGGCGAGGCUAGCUUACAUCUUCUACAUUUACUUCAAAGCCAACGCAACGCGAACAGCGAUGAAAACAACCAAAGCCCUUGAUGAAAUUGACGCAGUCCGCAGAAGCCUCCCAUUGCACCUUUCCCCACACUUUCCGGCAAAUAGCGAUGACUUCGAAUGGGAGAAGCAGCACCCGUGGGUCACCUUCCAACGUUAUCAGAUCUCUGUGGUGAUCGACUUCAUGGUCCUUGCCACUGCUCGUUCGCUUGCUAUUGCAAGGCACAUCGAAGAUAAGCAGAAAUAUCGUACAAUUGCUACUGCUGCCGCUCGACGGUUAUUGCUGAGUUUCACCGGCACGGCGCCUCGGUUUUUUAAGCUACUGUGGUCAUCCUCCGCUUCCGCAGUUGCAGCAGGUAUAUUUUUAACGCUUGAUUACCUCAUAUCUCAGAGCAUGAACGAGCCAAAGUCCGCCCAAUAUCUGAACGAAUUGCUUGCGUUAAUUCAAAGUGCAAUUUCUAUCAUGCGCCAGAACUCGGUGGUCACUGUUCAUGCUGAAAAUGGAGUGACAAUCUUGCUCGAGCUCUGCAAUAUCUGUCAGCAGUGGCCACAGACUCCGCUUGGAACUGAGUCACUUUCUUUACAGUCUCUACUAUCUUACGUCAAAAACAAAGCGAGAGAUGAGCCCGGUCCAGAUCUGAGUCAUGCGAGCUUUGUUCUUACUGAUAUGCUUUCUCCUUGGCCUUCGGGUUCCGAAGAACAUUUCGGAUCUUCACAAGGGUUCAGAUUAGGAUUUGACUUUGAUUCUCAAGUUUCUAUGUAUAGUACAGAUUCUAUGCUGAACACCGGGGAAUUCUAG